AUGAAGUUACAAAUUGUACCGUCCAUGGCCAUUCAGCUAACACAAGCUACAUUUAGUCCAAACAUCAACCUGGCGGACACAUCUCCGUCCCCAAAGAAAUCAGAGCCGGAGUUGGUGUCCGUGGUUGAUGUUGAGCCGGAGCUGAAUCAUGUGGGAGGCCCAUCAGCCGGCUCCGUGCUCUCGGCCCACAAUAUCAACUACACGGUUAAGGUGCCGACCAAGUGCUGCGGGCCCAAGGUUGACAAGCAAAUUCUUUAUGAUGUCACAGGCAUUUUCAAAGAGGGGUUAAGUGCAAUCAUGGGUCCCACAGGCUGCGGCAAAUCUAC